AUGAGUCAACAACAACAGAAACAACAACAAAAUAGAAAUCAACAACAACAACCAAAUCAAAGAAAGAAUAAUAGUAGUAAUACAUCAUCAUCAUCAUCUACUUCUACAAAAAAUGAUAAAUCACAAGGAGUAAUAGUAAAUGAAAAAGAAAAAGAGUAUCAAGAUUUUGAACAAAAGAAAUCGAUUGAAAACAAGGGAAUAGAAGAAUCAUACUCUUUGGUAAAGAAUAGUUUGGGACAUUAUGAAAAGAAGGCAGAUCUCAAUGAAUAUUGGUUGACAAAGCAUUCAAUCAAAUUUAUGCCAUUUCUACCAUUGGACAAUAGCAACGUCGACAAUGUUCAGGGUGAUGAAGUCUUGUUAUUUCACAACAAUGAUUUGUCGCAAUUGCUAAAGACAAAGUAUCAUGUAUUUUGGUCACACGUUGUAUAUAAUCCAUCAUUGCUAGAGUUUGUAGACUCGUUUCUUCGAUACAUCAAUCGAUCCUAUCCAAAAAUAGAUCUUUGUUCAAAAAUAUCCUCAUCCCCAAGCACUCUUGGUGUACCAUCAAAAGAUUUCAUGGAAUCUAAAAGAAUGUUAUUGAAACGUGCAUUCUCUGUGAUUGUACGGUUGUCUACACAACAGGAAAAGACAUCUGGUGAUUAUAUUGGCAAAUACUACUUUGCCGAUUUGAUUGCAAAGUAUAGAAUAUUUGAUGUAGCCAAAUUGUUUGACAUUUGUGCCGUAUUUGGACCAUCGUGCAAGACAGAGGUGGUCGAUCUUGUCAACCGAGUGUUUGACAUUCAACCCAAGCUCUACAGCCAUCUCCAACUCGAGGCUGUCCCUGCUAUCCUCCAGUCACUGACUGAUCUCAAUCUAUCGGUCAUCCAACACAACCAUAUUGACCUUAUCAAGGUUGAAGACAGUCUACGUUUUGUGCUGGAUGUUGUCUUUUCAAUUGACAGUUUCCUCAGAAUCCAUCCAUAUGGCACACACGCCUUUUUCCAAAACAGAGCCCAUUACACUCUUGUGUAUUUCUACCAAAUGUUCCUACCAUUGAUGUACAACAAUGUACCGGGGUUGGUUGGUACCCAUGCCCAAGAGGCAAUUGCCACCAUCAACCAACACAUCCUCGGUAUUAUAUUCUCGAUCACCAAGCAUCUCCAUCUCGUCAAGAUUGACCAGUACAACAUGCUCGUCAGUGAACCUUGUAACAUUUGUAAAAAGCGUCCCACCAUUGAACAACUAUCCAACGAUACUCUAGAGUUUUACGAAUCUCUAAACCUUCAACACGUCCUCAACAAGGAAAAACAAUCAAAAUCAAUCGUCGAUCAAUUUGAUACUCUAGCAACCGUUCAUAUUUUAUUAGAUUUAGAUAAAAAGUUUAAUAUCUCUACUAAACUUAAUUAUUUAUUUAAAUUAAAUUCUAAAAUUGAUACAAAUAGAUUAUCAUUAAUAUUAAAAUCAAUGGGUAAAGAAUUGAUUAAACCAAAAUUACAAGUAGAACAACCACAACAAAGAGUUCCACAACAACAACAAACACUUUCAGAAAAGGAAAAACAGGAUAUUCAAUCAAUCAAGGAUAUUUUUUCAUCAUAUGGAGAUGGAUUUGUUUAUGCUUGUUUAAAACAUUUUGGAGGAAAUGUUGAAACUACCAUCAAUUCACUACUUGAAGAUAAUUUACCUUCAAAUCUAAAUUUAAUUGAUAGAUCACUUUCUACUAUUCAAUCAACUACAACUAGUCCAACUAGACCAGCUCCUUCCCCUGUACUCACAUCAACCACUUCUACAACUUCUACGAGUACAACUAGAUCAGCUCCAUCAUCAUCAUCAUCAACCACUUCUACAAAUCAACAAGUUGAUAAUUUGACCAAACAAGUUUAUGAAAUGCAUGUUGGAAAGAAAUCAUAUAGUAACGAUCAAGCCAAUAUUCAAACCAACAAAAACUUUAUCAAAAACUAUGAAAAUAUGAUGUAUGAAGAUGAAUAUGACGAUUCAUUGGAAGUAUUUUUGGGAGUAUCUGUUCAAGAUGGAGAAGCAUUGCAUGACAGUAGCAGUGACGAAGAAGAAUAUAGUAAAAACAAUGAAUCACUCAUUGUCAAACAACCAAAACAAGGAGGUGCCAAACCAGGUGCCAGACCAGGUACCAAAGCAUACCAACAAGCUCACAAAAAGCAUAAUCAAAAAGAUGCUUCUGCUAAAAAGAGAGGUCAGUAUAGUGCACCUGUUGGAGGUCGUUAA